GUGCGUGCGUUAGUCAUGGAAACAUCGCGUGGCGCCCCUAGUGGAGGCCUUCAGCAGCGCAGACAGCUGAACAAAGCUGCGUUCAAGACCCACACUCGCCAGGGCGUUCUGGUGAAGAAGCCUUCUCCCUCAUUCAGAGACGACCGGGUCACACCGCCGGUCUCAGACCUCACACCCUGCAUGUCCGGUGCUCUUACGUCACUAUAGCCCCGGUGUGUCGUGUCGCAAACGCCCCGUCUCGCUCCUGUGCGCUGCUUCUCUGAGCGGUGUCGCGUUCACGAGCGCGCUGCUCACACAUGUGUUGUUAGCCAACGAGCCGCUGGAGCCACUUCCUGUAUUCACAGCAACAGGAGCCCGCACACGUCUCUCUUCACCCCGCAAGAAGCUCCGGGGCUGAACUCUCCGGCCCGAGCUGAGGAGCGUCGCCGCCAUGGUGGAGACUCCCGCCGGCUGUCUGUUCGAGGACAUCCAGUAUGAGGACAUCCAAGUGGAAGCGGCUGUGGGCCGGGGGACGUUUGGAGUGGUCUUCAAGGCCGUGUGGAAAGGAAAGGACGUGGCCAUCAAGACCAUCGAGAGUGAAAAUGAAAGGAACGCGUUCCUGGUCGAGCUCCGCCAGCUGUCCCGGGUGAACCACCCCAACAUUGUGAAGCUGUAUGGCUCCUGUGACAAUCCAGUCUGUCUGGUCAUGGAGUAUGCAGAGUGUGGCUCUUUAUAUAAUCUCCUGCACAGUGCUGACCCUCAGCCCCACUACACGGCAUCCCACGCCAUGAGCUGGUGUCUGCAGUGUGCCCAGGGAGUCGCCUAUCUGCAUUCUAUGAAGCCAAAGGCCUUAAUUCACCGGGACCUCAAACCACCAAAUCUGCUCCUGGUGGCCCGUGGCACCGUUCUGAAGAUAUGUGACUUUGGAACAGCUUGUGAUAUUCAGACCUACAUGACCAAUAAUAAAGGCAGCGCAGCCUGGAUGGCACCAGAGGUGUUUGAAGGCAGCAACUACAGUGAGAAGUGUGACGUGUUCAGCUGGGGCAUCAUCCUGUGGGAGGUCAUCACACGCAAGAAGCCCUUCGAUGAGAUCGGCGGCUCUGCGUUUUGUAUAAUGUGGGCCGUCCACAGAGGUACACGGCCUCCUCUCAUCAAAGACCUCCCAGAGCCCAUAGAGACUCUGAUGACCCGCUGCUGGGACAAGGAACCCAGCCAGAGACCGUCCAUGGAGGAGGUGAAGAACACCAUGAGCCAUCUCAUGAAGUACUUCCCCGGCUCUGAUGAACCGCUCAAACUCCCUCACCAGUCUUCACCCAACAGAAGUGGCUCCUCGUCGGCCACGAGCACAGGCUCGUACGCGGACUACACCAUCAACAGCAACAGGAGCGACGACAACUCCGAUCACAGGAACUCCGUCGGCAGAGAGGAAACCCUGAAGAGCUUCGAUGCCAAGUUUCCUCUCCAGUUCAAACCCUCAAAGACCGCCACGUUACGUACCGGACUGUCCAAGGUGUCCAGUGUGGACAGUCUACCGGGACGCUCCCAAAGCCCCACCCCCUGCACCAGCCCUAUUACCACCAUGGGCCAAUCAGAGCUGAGGAUGACCAUUAGUCCCACAGCUACCAAUGGUUUGGACAGCUCCAUCCCCAUGGCCUAUCUGAAACUGGAUCAUCAGUUACAGCCUCUGGCUCCGUGUCCCAACUCCAAAGAGUCCAUGGCCGUGUUUGAGCAGCACAUCAGGAUGGCUCAGGACUACCUCAAAGUCCAGUCCGAGAUCGAUGAGCUCGCCCGGAGGAAAGAGGAGCUCAUGUCUGAGCUGGAGCAGGACCAGAGGGAGCAGCAGACCUCAUCCCGACUCAUCCAGGAGCACGGAAAGCUGCUGGAGGACAACAGCAGCCUGUCGGCCUACUGCCAGGGCCUGAGGAGCAAGCUGAGCCUGAUCAAUAGUCAGAACCAGCACCACAGCUAGGACGCGCUCCACCUUCUCUCCUCCACCGGCUCUUUCUCCGGCAGAUGAGAGGAACCACUCCAUGACCGGACCUUAAAGUAGGGAAGGCGCGUUAUGCUGAGAAAAUAUACAUAAAACGUGUCGGGAGAACACGGGCGGGGCUAACGGCGUUGGUCCAGAACCCGCCUCAAACCCAUUUUAAAGACAAACAUUUCCCAUCAGUGCCAAAAGUUCACUUCCACUGGAGGAAACCAACGUAGAGGGUGUCGUCACUACAGGAAAAUAAGGGAAAUUUCUUCUUUUUAGUUCUUGCAAUUUUGACCAAAGCAAACAUUUAGAUUUUCGAGAACAAAUUAUAUCGGUUUGAAAAUAAUUAUGAGCACCUUUUUGUUAUCUUGAGGUAAUCGGAUUAAAAAAAAAAUAGUAACUACCGCGUCCUUUCUGGGCCUCCGUACAUUAGAUGAUGGUGUUGGCCAAAACAUUCAGUGUUCAUUUCAGUCUUCCACAUUGGUACUGAUGGUGGGACCAAGGAGGUUCACAUGGACUCGCACUCUGAAAUGGACCUGAAGGGGGACUUGCCUUUUUUUUUUUUUUUUUUUUUUUAGCCAGUGACUUAUUUUACUGUAUUUUCUUUUACUUUUUUGAGUUUAAAAGUAACUACGAUUGUAAUUUGUAAAUUCUUACCUUUUUAUAUAUAUUCAGUCCAUCACCUUAUUGUAUUGUGAUUCAUGAAAAGAGGAGAGGCACUGACAGGGUGGGCCGUAACAUUUUAAAACCAAUUUUACUGUGAAUACAAGACGUUAACCAAAAGGAGUUCUGCUGUAGAGCCGCGCUGCCUCGGAGCAAAAGAAAAGCUUUGUUGAAACGGCUGUUUGAAAUGGAAAUAACUGUGGAAUAAUGAACCCGGCAGACAUCUCUACACAUCUGUUUAAUUUCUCUUUACUUUAGUUCCUUUUUUCUUUUUUACUCACGGUUGUAUUUCACAGAAUUAUAUUUCCCAUUAUUCUGCACUGCACUUAUUUGGGUCAAAGGUCACAUUAUUUGGGUCAGAGGUAAUGUGUUGUAGUCUCACUGGUGUCUGGUGGUUUCCAUGACGGCGGGGUUACUCUGGGAUGGAUCGUUGUUUUCGAUGCAUCUCUUCAGACGCUGCCUACGGAUUGUUCUUGUACAGUUCUUUUUUUUUUUCUUCAUCUCAGUUUAUUUUAUAAAACAUGUUUCAUGUGAUUUUUAAAAUGUACAGAAUGCAACUAUAUGCUUUUAGAAAGUAAAAACAAAGUUUGUAGUAUCUUUGUCAGUUGUCUUCAUUGAGAAUACUGCUUCUGGUGCAAGUUGACGAGCAGACUGGUGUCUGUGUUCACCCUCUGUCUGAAAUGCUCUGUUUUAGCACUUGUCUCUUUAAGACACCUACCUAAAAUCCCAGUC